UACUCCACGUCUAAACAAAAUGGACGACAAAGAGGAAGACGAUGUCCUUUUCGGAGACAUCGAGCCGCAACAGCUAGCAAACAUCUUAGUGAAAGCUUUAAGAGGCAAAAACAAGGUUCGCAGUGAGGAUAGUUUAGAAAAUGAGGAGGUAGAAGACAGAAGACAUCAAGAAUCAGAUGAAAAAAGUCAGGAAAAAGAGAGGAGCAAGGACCCACCUAUGGAGGACGUAACUAGUCACACUAUUUUUAAGACUUUGGAGGAGCAAACAAAAACGCCUUCCGAGUCUGCCGAAGUGGAAGAACCAAAAUCCGAAACUGUACGCCAAGAUGAGGAAGAGCAGUUGACUGCCGAGGAGCUCCGCAGUCUGGAGACCAUGAUGAAGGAGUUCCCUCGCGUGGGGACCUUUGAGAAGAGAGAUGAUUCCAACAGUUUUAACGAGGUUCUACCGGUGAACAAGAACCAAGAACAGAAGCUGAAGUGGCGGGAGGAAACGCAGAAGGCUCUGAACUUUCCAUCCUUUAGCUUCAUGGACGAGCUGGAGAAGAUGAACUCCUUGGUGGAUGAUGUCGACACAACCGGCCCCCAGCAAGAAGCUCCUGAGGAGACGCAACCAAACGAGGAGGAGAGUCAAGAGGAGACUGAUGAAGAGAAUUUGAGUCCCGAAGAGGAGGAAGCCCGAGCUAAAGCCGAGCAGGACGAGAUGAGGCGGCAGGCGGCGGAGGCACAGAGGGCUCGUCUGGAGGAGGAGAAACUGGCCGACAUCGCUUCAGACAUGCUCCUGCGCUACAUGGGCAAAGAACGCAAUGGCCCCAAGCAGAGGUACAGGCAGCCGCUGUCUGACACCCCCGAGGACAAGCGCUCAGACGAACAAGCCCAAGACCUGGACCCUCAGACCAUCGACAAGCUCAUCGAGAUCUCCAGCAAGCUCCACCUGCCCGCCGACGACGUGGUGGACAUCAUCAGUGAUGUCGAGGAGAAGAAGAAGAGGAAAGACGUGCUACCUCCUGAGAUGUCCUCGAGGUAUCCCUCCAACGUAGAAACAAAUCAACCUUUCCCCAGUCACCUCCGAAGCUGGUAUCAUCCCAAAACGGCACCUUCUCAAGAUCUUUGGAGCAAGCCCAGAAAGCUUCAACCCGGACUUUGGUCGCAGAGUGCUCCAGAAGGCUGGCGUAAACCUCUAGCCUACCCUGUCCCCUACUAUCCCCGGUAUCCACCAGCGUACUACCCAAUCCCUGUUGUGUCGCCACCUAGGCCUCAACCCUGGUACUACAACCCUUAUGCUUUCAAUCGCUUCUUGACGAAUCCAGUUAGCUCCUACGCUUACAAUACACGGACUAACCCCAGUCCCGGAUGGCGUUUGCUCAGAAAACCUGUACCAUAUUACACCAACAGCGCUCCCUUGGUGAACCCGUGGAGAUUUAAGCUCAAAGCACCCCCAAGUCGGGCGGUGGCGCGGCAAAAGCAAUGGUUAGCUCCUGCUCCGGCACUGAUAAAAGAUGCCAGUUCCAAAAAGACAAUGAGCGACAAUAGCAACAGAAGAGAGGGUCUGGAGAGAUACCUAGCAGUUUGUCCGGAAAAAGGCACAUUUGUUAGACUAAGGACAGACUCAGACCUCAACUGUGCACGAUCACCUCUGGUUUUUCCAUAGACUUUUUGAAUAAUGUGUAUAUUGAGAAUGCUAAUCAGCUAUGGAAUAACAAAUGACCAUAAACAUAAUUUUGAUAAAAAGGUCACAUAUUAUGCAAAUUAACUUGAACUUUUGUCAUAAUGUUUCUUCCUUACCAAAAUAUACUUUAAACAUGCACAAUAUAACUGAUGGUGAGGGUGGAAUCUAACAUCUACAGAACGUUGAGAUGUUAUUGUUUUGCCUGAGAUGUUCCGCAGUAUGGCAUUUAACUUCUCUAACUUCUAUUUAUUCUAUAGAC